UCACAGAUGCUGGGCGCUGCAAUCAUAGGACGGCGUAAAAGCUCAGUUGCUAAAGGAAAAACUUUCACCGAGGAGGAAAUCAAGGGUUAGUUUAGUGAACUGCUUGCUACGUACGAUUUACCUGAUAAGCGUUCCCAUAUCGACCGUCGUGUGCCGGACGAAGCUGCAUAAGGUCAUGUGCUAUUGAAGAAUUUACCCUUGUCCAAACGUACCUAUACAAGCAUCGAUUUCUGAAGAAUUGCUUGCUUUUCGGUACCAGAACCUUGUUGUUUGCCGGCCGUUGUUCCUUAUCGUCUGUUUAUCGGAGUGUCUUGCAAUGUGCUGGGACUAACAGGGUGAUAAGAUGAUUUGCAGAUGAACUGUGAGAGGUUGAUAGCCCAAAGAAGGUAAAGUCAUAAAGUGCUACCAUCGCUGGACGGGAAGAUGGUUUGAUGUGUUGUAUCUACAUAUCGUUGCUAUUUGCACUACUUGCCUCAGCACCAGCGCCUUACGAGAUUUCGUUUUCGUAGCUGGUGAUAGCGUACUCUGGAGGGUGAUUUCACGGUCCCUGGUGAUGCUGUCUCCGUCGGGCUGAAGGUCGUCAACGCUGUACGCCAAGCCGAGUCACAGUCGGAGUUCUUUUGAUUCUUCCACGUUUGGUCGUACAUUCCCCGGUCGGUCGGUACAGUGAAAUCAUAUUAAUCAACAAGAUAAGGAAACCCCUGACAAAGAUCUCAGCGGGGAACGUCGGGCCCUCUCGAGUGCCAGUACUCGAGUACAGCCCACACACCGACAGGUGGCAGAAGUGGGACAGCGAGAUAUGAGUAGUUGCUCGCCAACAAUGGGCGCAGAGGGAAAAAUGGCAAGUGCUAGCAGUAUGGGGCACCAUGUGGAGGUCGCUGACAGCCACUCGGUACAGCUGUUGGAAGCGAUAGAGACGUCGCCAUCGUCGUUGUCGUCGUCGUCGUCGUUACCUGCUGAAGUCAAUUUCAGUGGAAAGGAGCACAGUGUAGACAGUAAUUUCCUGACACCGCGUGCGGCACGUGAAGGAACGCCGCCACGGGCGGAUGCACAGAUCGAAAUAGGUUUACCACCGCGAGCGCCCCCGACCGGAUGUGCUAGUGGUGAUAGUGGUGAAAGCAACAAUACCAACAGCAGCAGCGGAUCCAGCAUCGGUGGAGCGCAACCGACAGCAGAGAACAGCCAGCCAAAAAAGAAGGUCAUUCGGCGCAUCGUAAAGGUCCGGCGCGUCGUCAAGAAGAUGAAGAAAAAAGACGAAAAGUUCUAUCUGCGAACAGCAUUUGACCUGCUCGACCGUGACCAGGAUGGGCACGUGACACCAGAAGAGCUGCAGUUCAUGCUGCGAAACCUCGGCAUACACGUGCGGGACGAACUGAUCGACGAUCUGCUGCGGGAAGCCAGUCGGACAGGCAGCGGGCUGAUAGACGAAACAGAGUUCCUGCAGUGGGUGGCGAGAAUACAGGCCCUAAAAGACGACAGCAACACCAGUAGCAGCAGUAGCAGUAGCAACAAUCCCGCCCAGUCCGCCGACGACGAUCUAACGCAGGAUCUAGUGGCAGCGUUCCGAGUAUUCGAUCGUGAUGGUAAUGGGUACAUUACGCGAGACGAGCUAAAAUCCGCCAUGGAUAUGAUCGGCGAGAAUGUGACCGAGUAUCAGCUGAACGAAAUGCUGGAGCUUGCCGACGCCGACAAGGACGGCCGAAUCAACUACGAAGAAUUUGCCCGGUUGCUGCUGUAAAAUGGCUGUGCACAGGAUGUAGGAUUCCUUCAAUCGUCAUCGGAAAAUAAAAUCCACAACCCAAACCAUCCAAUCAGCACAAUGUUCUACAAGCAACGGUCCUGUCCGCCAUUUCAACCCAACUAACAACUGAUCGUAAAUAUUUACCAAAAAUGCUUUAACUUUUUAAUUGGACAUUGUAUCCAAAUCUACGAUUUGUGCUUUUAGUAUCCAACGUUUUGAGGUGACAAAGUUUUUCACCGAAAUAUGUUCUCCUUACAAAAUGAUAUUACCAUCCUCUUCAAGACGGAUUAAAAUUGUUCAUUGUGUGUGUGUUUUUAAGUCUAAAUUCAUCUCAUUUAUUUUCAUUUAUCUCAUAAAUCGAAUUGAGAAAAGGCAGAAAAGUAUAAGCCUGAUUUGCUAAACAUGUAAGAUAUGUUUCGUUUUGUUAAACUUUAAUGUGAUUCGUUCAAAAUUUACGUUUUUACAGCAAAGUAAAAAAAAUCGUCAUCAUGCAAAAGCAUACAAAAACGUGUUAGAAGCAAAAGUUUUUCUUUACAAGAAGUAAUUUCACCGUUUAGGGAAUUACUAUUUGCCAUCAGUAAAAGACAAACCUAGUUGGCAAGCGAUAUGUAAAGAAGAAAAGAGUGGAGAACAACAACAACAAACAAACAAAAAACAAAUGCAUAUAUAAAAUUUAAUCUCAUUGUUAAUUAACGUCUGCUGCUGCAAAAACAUGAAAAUCCUUUUUUUUAACGCUCGAAUAUAGCAAUGGGUUUUGCGUUUUAAUUUUCACGCAAAUAUGAGUUUGUUUGAUUGUUGUCUUUAAACGUAGAAGGAGAAAUUUACACAAAAUAUAUUAUACAUAUUUAUACAUAUAUAAAUAUAAAUUCUAAAGCAGAUGUAUAAUAAAUAAAUUAAAAAUCUGUGCUCUGGUAACACACAUGAAGGAUGCGAGAGUAUAUGUGGAUGAUAUAGUACAUCCUAACAUCUGCUGGCUAUCGAUAUCAAUAAUCCUCUCCCCCCUUCCCCCCAAAAAGUAAUGUUGUAAUUAUCCAUGUACACUCUCAUGCUUAUACCGUGUUUUCAAAAUAAUCCUUCUAUCCAACAUUUAAAUAUUGCAUUGCUUCGCUCUAAACGCUAAACACGGAACAAAUAUCACCCGACAAAGAAAGGGAUAUGCUUGGGUUAUAGUUUGGAGAUAGAACAGAAGCAUAACCAAAACAAGUAAAGAAAAGAACAAACCUAAAUUAGUAUGUAAGCGAUGUAACCGGCAAGAGGUGUAGCGCUUGUACGUGUUUUUUGUGAGGAGCUUUAGGGACAUUUUUUUGAAUGAGCCAAACAUUCGGUACAGGAAUUGAUGGUGCGGUGAUUUAGCGAUGAGUUCCUGCUCGGGUAUGAAUGUGUGAUGAAUGUGGCGUUCGAAAGGAGCAUGAUGUAACUUAUAUAUUGUAAGAAUGUAAGUAAAGUGAAAAACCAAAACUAUGCAAAACUAAUGGUUUAACAACCAAAAACACAAAUCCAAAAAUAAAAGGUGGGAAAAGCAUCUACGUUUAACGCUACGAAACAUUGAUUCAGCUGUUGCGCUGAAUCGAGACAGGGGUCACAACCCGCUUUGUGAAUAGAAAAUGGACUCUCGGAUCGGAUGAGUCGUGGUUUUAGUUCUUUCCUUUUUUUGUUCUGCGUUGAUUUUCCCUAUUUUAUUUUAUAUGUGUGUGAGUGUGUGCGAUUGUGUCUGUUAUCAGCGUAUAGUGGAUUAUUUUAGUACAAUUAAAGCUUAUACACUGUUAAUGUUAAGAAUGGAAGGAAGGAAUUUGUUUUCAGGGGCACACUGCCCUAUAUACAAUUGUAUUACGAUUAUAUUAUCCAUACAAAUGUAAGACACAUCCUUAGCUGGGGCUACAUAUACAUGUGGAAACACAGAAACGUAUCGUUGUGUAGAAAAUAACAAACCAAUACGCACAAUUAUGUUUCGGUUUUGUAGCCUGUUUGUUUUACCCGUUCAUAUACUAAUCUCAAUCAAUCUAAUCAAGACAACACCUAGACAUUAAGGGACACAAUAUGAGAAGAUGUGCAGCUUUCCUAACUGACUUUCACACCGAUAAUUGUUCGUUUCGUUUUGCUGCACAUAUGAAGCCAUUCGUAAUGAACGGUUGUUGAUGAACGAUCGUUUACAUUUUCUAACAAUAAAAAUUAAACACUUAAUACUACCGCUGUAAACAAAAGGGCAUAUGUGACGCCCCAGCAAAUGCCUAAAUGUGUUUGCUGCACAUUGCUGCUAAGGACACAACAGUGCGCCAAAAGGGGGUUUGGCAACCCCAAAAACGCAUUGCAUAAAGUCAACAACAGGCAACAAUAUAUGCUCUAAUCGUUAUGCAGUUGUUGUUACUUAUUGUUAAACAAAAUUUAAUCAACCACCCAUGUGGCUAUGUGGAUGUGCUAAAAGUCCGUUUGCACACAUAAGUAGUAAUAAUUAUUAAAAGUGCAUCGCCAUAAUUUAACACAUUUGUUACAGCAUGUGUGUAUCGCAAAGCAGGGAUGUUUGUCUUGCUUUUAAAGAAAGACAAAAAAAAUCCCCCAAAAACUUACUGGUAUUAUGUUGGGGGAACACGGGGAAGAAACAGAACGCCGAAAAUGAUUGAGAUCAAAAGAGGGUCAAAAAAAAGGGAAUUGAAGGCAUUAGUGGAAGAAUAGCAAAACGGACACAAAGAGCAUAAUAAAAGUCGUGUGACUGAUUUUUACACCAAGUGCGAAACAUGAAAUCGCACCCCAGUACUGUAACAGGCGUGUGUGUGUGUCUUUUUGUUCGUUUUUUUUUUGCUUUAUUUUGAGCAGCCUUUUUUCCAAACAAGAUGCCAUAACUGUUUGCCGCCGAAUGAAAUGUAACGUUGCACAAUAAAACUAAAUUGUAAAUAUUAAAAGGGAGAAAUAUUGAAGAAAACCAUGUUGUUAAUGCAUACACGAGACCACGGGGUGUUGGAUUUUUAGAACAUUUUUAGAACAAGCGACAUAUUUUUGACAUGUGGCGGCUUUGCCAUUUUUCGGAAGCCCGCCAAGUAUUUGAAAAAAAACGGCAGGUGUAAAAUAAAACACGAUGAUUACCAUCCGAAAGCUAAUUUGCCCUUUUUGUCUUUUUUUGUUUUGUUUUUCGUUCCAUUCCAUUCCUCCUCCUUGCAGCCAAUCUCAUUAUUUCGGAUGGCUGGCUGAAAAAUACGUGGAGGAUGACUCCCAAAUGACACGGCCCUGGUGCGCUAAAGCUUCCCACUAAAGUCCAAACCCACUAAACCCAAAAACUUGAAUGCUUUUUUUACCUUCAGCUAAUGCUGUUCCUUCGACCCCAAUUGGUACCAACCUCAAGUGUGAAGAAUGAGUGCGUAUUCACGAAGAACGAUCAGUUUCGAAAAACACUCCAUUCCCGACCCUAAGUAGCUAAACGGCACAUGUUUGUCGUGUGUGUGUGUAUGUGUAUUUGUGUGUGUGUGUGUUUGCGAAUGUAAGUAACAGCCCACAUAAACGGUAGGCUAAUAAGCUAAAGAAAAACGGUCUUCAAAGUUAAACACCAACGUUUAAAACCAUCAGCAAGCCGAGAGAUGCGCUUCGUUUUUUUCUUUUUUGUUGUUGUCUCCUCCGAAUUCUCCCUUCUAUUUUGUUUUUGUUGUUUUGGGGACAUUCGAUAGGAGUACGAUUUGUUGUUGUGUAUUUUUUUCCACGAUUUCCUUACAUUUCCUUCCUCAGAUGAUCACACCGAAUCAUAAUUUUUUUUAUGCAAACGAUGCCGUUGUACUAAAAAAAUAUUUAAAAAACACACACACUAAUAUGUUUGCGGUGUAUUUUAAACAAACCGGUAGCACCGGUGACACAAAACCAGUCAGCAGUCGAAAAUUAUGUAAAAAAACACACACAAGGCGAUAUAAAUUGCCACCGAAUUGAAACGAUAAACGAAGCAAAAUUAGCUAUUUUUGGAGGUACUUUUUUAAGUCUUGCUCUGAUCUGUAUGCAUGCACAGCAGAACGCAAGCUGUGUGCGCAAAACGUAAAGCAUUGUAGUUUAUCGGUAGUUUAGCAACUAAUGAUAACUGUGCACCAGUGUGGGCUAAAUAAGAGGCGUGCGUGAUAAAAUGUUAAACCUGUUACACUACUCUAUGCUUACCCUCGUGGGCUUACGUCGUUACUGAACGUUACUAAUUCUUCCGUUUCGGCUUAUAUUGUACGUCUAGAUGUGCGUGAAACAUGAAGCUUUUUUUUCACUAGAAGCGUAAGCACUAGCUGCACACAUUGUCACACAUGCGACAGCAUUCAAAUAAGCAUCCUAUUGUGGAACUAAUAAUGUCUAAGAAAACACAUUUUACAUACUAACUAAUGGCUGUAGGGUUCCAUAUAAACGAAACUAAAACAAAACAAAAAUCCCUUUCUAUUACCCUAAGGGAAAUCGUGUUAGCUGUAGUACCAAACAGUAAAAGGUAUGAUAACGAAUGGAUUGUUCCACCAUUUUUCCUUGUCAAACGUUCUACUACUUCUUACACGUGCAAGUAACGGCGAGGUAACGUGGGGCUGGCUGUAGAUCCGCCAUACUGCGAAAGAGCAGAACAUAAGAUGUCCUGUUUCUCGCAGUGUGUAGAAAGCUGUGUGUUUUUUUUUUGUUGAACCACGAAUAUACAUCUACCGAUUAGUUCCUGUCGUAUCAACAACAGAUAGCUUUCGUACUGUCAAUUAGCAAUCAACGUCACACUUCAAUCUUGAUUUGGUUUGAUUAUUACAUGUUGCUGCUGAUUGUGACCGAUAAUUCAGUUUAACGUUCGUUCCAUUAGCACCAAACAAGUGCUUAUGAAACCUUAAAUCCAUGGUUCCAUGCUGUUGCUGUAUAUCUGGUGGGACCAACCCCGGAUUGUCUAUUAUGACACUAGGCAAAACCAUCACAGCCCACACAAGUGGCAUUAGCAAACGAAUGGCUUCAUGUUGCCCAACUGCUGUUGUGAAUCUCGCAGGAUAAACCUGCUGGGAAAUCGGUGCUUUCCUGGUGAGUUUUCAGACCUGUUUGCUGCAAAACAUUGUUAUUUAGUUAGUGAAAAACUGUCUGAAAUUGCUCUGUUAGCUCGGUAUUAUACAGACUUCACUUUUUCUCUUAAUUCUUAACGGAAGUAGCCAUAAACUGGAUGAAUAAUUGAAUCAUACGAAAACAUUAAAUCCAUUAAAUUUUUUAAUCAUUAAAUUCAACAAAGCAACAAAAGCUUGAAUACGAAGCUCACCAAUGAUUCAACUACUAUAGCAAAUAUUUGUUUAUACUGAUUUGAUGAACAUUUUUAUAAAUACGACCGAAACUAUUCGGUAGAUCUAAUAAUGUACCAAAUUUGUUAUCAACUGCUUUUGACUGGUCGGUUUAAAGAUUCUUAACGCUUAAAGCUUUUAAUGGAAAAAAAUGUCCCCUACAACAACUAAUAUAAAGUGGCAAUCUUAGUAGAUUUACUUAAAUUAUGUUUCAUAUCUUUUAAAACAACGGCCGUACGUGGUCUUUUAUUAUUCUUUGUUUUGGUACACAUUACGGCUGUUAGUUAGGUUCUUGUUAGUGGAACUCCACUGUACGUUUCACAAUAUACCUGUCCAACCAAAAGCUACAGUUAAAAUCCACCAACACCAUCAAGACGCAAGGCUAACCCAAAAUUUCAAUCCCAAGCCAAAACCCACUCAAAUGUGUCCAAGCAAAAAAGUGUUCUCGAGUGCGUCCUUCAGCAAAAAAGCCCCAUUGAAAAUAAACUAAGCCAAAAGACAAAAAAAAUGCCAGCAUAUAUUUUACAGCAUGAGCAGUAAAAAAAACAUAGCAAACAAACAAACAAAAUGUUAAAGAGCAAAAAAAGAACAAGAGCGAAAAAUAUAUUGUGGCCUUUUUGAGUAAACUACGAAGAAAGCAAAAACCCAACCAACAGACAGGUUGCAUACAAAGAAGUUUAACACAAGCGCAAACAGAAUGUUAAAUUACAGUGCGUAUAGCAAACAUUAUUGUCGUGAUUUUAUUUCGGUGCGUUUUGGUGUGCAUAACAGCCGAAGCACGAAGCAAAAAGGUGGUGAAAGAUAGCAAAACAAACACAUUGCACUAAUUUUGGCAAUGAUUAGGCAGCAGUGUUCUUGUUGCUGUUUAGGUUAGGGUUGCAUCUUUAUGUUUUGGUUUUGCUUGAGAAACAUUUACUUACCACCAUAUCAGGACGUGGCUAAAGAUGGAAGGAAAACCGAUGUUGAACGCUUGAAAUGUGGAAGAUUCAUCCACAAGAUGGGCGAUUGAACGAAAGUUAAUAAUAAACAAACAAAAGAAAAUCAUACAAUAAAAAAACCAACAGUGUGUACUGAUUUUAAAAUAUAUAGUAAUGAAUAUUUUAUAUACGUUGGCGAAUGACGUUUUCCCUAAUUUUACCAUGAACCAUGAAUAGGGAAGGAAAACGGACGUGACAACAACAUCGUCCAAAGAAAAAUGUAUUUGCAAAAUGAAGCAGAUAUACAUGGAAGUAGCGAAACAAGAGAAGAUCCCAAACACACUUUUUGUGUUUCUGUAUGAUUCUUUCUCUUGUAAAUUAAUUAUAGAAAAAAAACCACACACAUUAACUAACCAACAUUCAAGACAGAAAAUAACGAUGUGAAUUUGUUGAAAAUAUGCAACAAUGUUGGGGGCAUCUUCUAGUUAAAGGAAGGUAUGCUGAAUGGGUUUUAUUUAACAUUAAGAUAACUAUUUAAAAAAACUGCAAAUCAAAACAUUAUACUAAAAAAUGCGUUACCACAAAUACUGUACUGCUUCAAUGCAUAUGCUCGGUGAAGUGAUCAGCGAGCAAAAGGAGAGAAUAGCAGAGCAAGACCUAAGGAAUGAAUUAGAACGAUUGGAUACAUUUGUUAUUAAAGUGUGACCGAUGGCACGAUUGAUGGAAUAAGAGAUGAAUAAUAAACGUAAAAGUUGUUUUCAAACAAA